AAAAUCAAUAAAUUUUAAUAGUAUGAAUGACACUUUAAAUUUAAAAAUGCCAUCUCCUUCUUUUGGAGGAAGUACAGGAGGCUGGUUAAGAUCAGCAGAAAAUGAAGAAAAGUACGCUAUUACUUGGAUUAGUAAAAAUGAAGAGGUAUUUGAAAUGCCUACUGCUGGAGCAGCACUUAUGAGGUCUGGAGAAAACUUAUUAUAUUUUGCGCGUAAAGAACAAUGUUUAUCAUUAGGUACCCAGUUAAAAACUCAAUUUAAAAUCGAUAAUUAUAAAAUAUAUAGAGUCUUUCCUAAUGGUGAAAUACAAUAUUUACAUCCAAAAGAUGGUGUGUUUCCUGAAAAAGUAAAUGAGGGUCGUAAAGCAAUUAAUACACUUACUCGUUCGAUAGGAAAAAAUCCUGAUCCUGUAGUUGUUAAAUUUAUUAAUAAACAAACUUUUGAAUAAGUCAUAAGAUAACAUAUAUAUGUUAUCUUAUAAGGAGAGGUGGCCGAGUGGUUGAAGGCUUCUGAUUUGAAAUCAGACGAAUUUUUAUAAAUUCCAUGGGUUCGAA